GCCUGUCAAUCAUGGAGUUAGCCCCACCCCCAGUCACCGCCGCACGUUUCCACCAAAGAACGCAAUUGUUGUGGCCAUUCUAGGCAGUAUACGCCAAGUCGGGUCGCGGGGGCAGCAGCCUAAGCAGGGAAGCCUAGACUUUCCUCUCCCCGGCCACUUCGUCCAGCUCUUCCCGGGGGGAUCCCGAGGCGUUCCCAGGCCAGCCGGGAGACAUAGUCUUCCCAACAUGUCCUGGGUCUUCCCCGUGGCCUCCUAACCUUUUGGAAAUUAUUUUCUGGAAUCCAAAAGUUGUCCACGAUGGCCUCCUGCAAAUCAGUUGGCCAGAGUCAGCUGCAGAGGAUCAUCAGAGAUUUACAUGAUGCCGUGCUACAGUUGAGUCAAGAACACAAUGAGUAUUCGGAACCUGUAACCGACAACAGCGCCAACCUGCGCAAGUUCUUCUGCAAGCUCGAGUACCUGCUGCAGUUUGACCUGAAGGAGAAGACAACCUUUCUCGGACAGAGAAAAGACUACUGGGAUUACUUCUGCGACUGCCUGAUUAAGAUCAAGGGUGCUAAUGAUGGCAUCCGUUUUGUAAAGUCCAUCCCCGAGUUAAAAACCUCUCUAGGUAAAGGAAGGGCCUUUAUCCGCUACUCGCUUGUUCACCAGCGUCUUGCGGACACGUUGCAGCAGUGUCUCAUUAAUCAGAAAGUCACAAGCAACUGGUAUUAUGCUCGGAGUCCAUUCCUGGACCCCCGCAUCACCUCGGACAUCAUAAACCACCUGUACGAACUCAACCAGAUCCAAUUUGACUUGGCAGCCCAAGGUUACGGUCUCGACGUUGACUGGCCGGCCUUUGUCAGACGGACAUUAGGGACUGGCUCAUCAUUCCUGUGGAGGCCUCCUAGUCGUUGCUCCAGUGUCAACAGUCUGGUCAGCAGCUAUUCCCAGAUCCAGGAUAAGGAGGUCCCAAUCCCAGACUUGAGUCACUUAACUGAUCUUGGAGGCCAGGGAGAAGCCUCACCCUGCGGAAUUGCAGAGAAUCUCCCCUUUGACCUCGCUCAAUCCGAGCUAAGGCAGCACAAGCAUCUGGCACGGGUGGAGGAACUGAACAAAGAGGCGGCACAGCUGAAAGAUGUCGUGAAGAAGCUUCAGGGCCAGUUGGUAGAAGCUCAGAAGACCACGGGCCCCCCGCCUACUACAAAGAUGGAUGUCAGUAAUCACUAUCAGACAUGUUGGGAAGGUAAAAACAAUGAGCUUCAGAAUAGAUUGACAGCCACUGAGAACAAAAACAUGGAGCUUCGGUCAAAGCUGGAUGAGGCUCUUAAAGAAAAGAAAAGCUAUUGCGACUCUGCCUGGAAGAUCCAGGAACUUGUGGAGAAACUGAAGAUGGUGGAGGAAGAGAAGCUGGAGGCCAAGAGGGAGGCAGAUGACAGAGCCAGGCAUUUAGAGCGUAUGUCUCAGGAGCUGAAAAUAAAGGAAGAAGAGUUUAGGACCAGCACAGAGAAGCUAGCCAAUGUCAAAUCCAGGGCCCAGGAUGAAGGCGAGGACACCCUCAAGCGUCUGGAGGAGCUCCAGGGUGCCGUCAGUCGCAUUCAGGGGGCUUUGUCGCUGAAAGAGAAAGAGAGCGGAAACUUGAGAGCGCAACUUCAGCACCUGCAGGCCUCGCUAGAGUGCAGAGAACGACAAGCGGAGGACCUGCGGAGGAGGCUGCAGGAGGAGCGUGACGAGAUUGAGCGGAGAUGCAGCGCCCGAGAUAGCCAGAAUGAAACUCUGGAGGUUCAAGUGCUGGAUCUGCAAAAAAGCCUUAAAAACAGAGAGCGAGAGCUUGCUGUCAGCUCAGAGAGGAUCAAGCACUUGGAAGAACUUUUGGAGAAGCUGAAUGUCGAGACAGGGACUCCGAUUUCUAAAGCCGCUGAAGAUGACACAUUCGAACAGACUGGGAACCUCGAGAACUACAAAGCCCAGCACUGCGAGCUGAAUUUCACGAUACUGCAAGCCCUUAAAAAGAGCGAAGAGAGCGUCGUUGAGCUAACUCGCAGCAGGGAAGCCUUGUUAGACCAGCUCGCUGCUUUGAGGGCUUCUGAGAAGCAUCUCAAGGUAAGGUUGGAGGCUGCAGAGCUGUGCGUGAAAGAGCGUGAGAAGAAGUUUCUAGAUAAAAACUGCCAUUUGGAAGAGCUUGUAGAGAAGGCUUUUCUCGAGAAGGAGCGAUCUGACACUCAACUGAAGAACAUACAGCAGGAAAAUGGAGAGCUCAGAGAGUUUCAGUCCUCGUUGAAGAAUCAACUGGCCGAGGCUCAAGAGGAGCUAGACUUGCUUAGCGUCAAAGUGUCCAAUUUGGACGAAAACCUCACAGAGUCCCAAAAAAAACACGCGGAGCUGCUGGUAAAAAUCCAGGAACGGGAGGCACAGCUCCAAGAGCAGACGGCUCAAUGUAGUCUUCUGCAGGCUCGAGCUGAGGAGCUUGAGAGCAGGGCCUCAGAGGUGCACGAUGAAAAGGGGGCGUCUGAAAGCAAUGAGAAAAUGCCAAAGGUUCACCAGGAACAUCUGACAUCUGAGAACAAAGAAGGUCCUUUCAGGCUGGUGAUCGCUGAAGCUCAGCUGGAGCUCAACCUGAGGGAGGUGCACCGGCUCAGGGAGGACGUGGUGGAGCUCAGGGCUCAUCUGCUGUCCGGCACGGAGGAGAGAAUGAAAGCUCAGGCCCUUCAGGAAGUGACAGAGGCCUCCAGGGAGGAUCUUAGAGUCUUGACAGAACAACUCAAGGCUCAAGUGGAGGAGCUUAACAGGCGGCACGUAGAUGAAAUUCUGCGUUCUCGUGAGCGUGAGGAUGUGCUGAUCCGCGAGCGAGAUGGUGAGGCCCAGGCUCGGACCGGCCUCGCUGCAGAGGUAACGGCUUCUGGAGAGGAGCUGCACAAGCUCAAGCAGCGCUAUGACGCCAUGUGCCUGGAGAACAGUGACUCCAGGGAGGCAUUGCACCGGGCCAACACUGAAACCGCCGAGCUGGGAGUUCGCGUGUGCAUGCUCACGGCCGAAAAGGAGGAGGCCGACCUGCGCUGGGAGAGCCUCUCCAAGAGGUUGCGUGAGCUGGAAGAUGAAGCCUCAAAGGAGGACACAAGGUUGCACGCUCGCACAGAGCAGCUCCGCCUGGAAAACCAGCAGCUCCUCAGCAAGCUCCACCAAGAGAAGGGCCUGAAGCAGAAGCUGCAGGAAGAACUUUACAAGGCCCAGAAGGAGAUAGAGACGCUGCAGGAGAGAAGCCGGGAGGAGGUGGAGGCUUUCCGUGUGGAGUUGAGCAACCAGGCCUUCAGCCACAGCGGCCAACUGCAGAGUAUGAAUGAAGAGUUGAUGGAUGUGAGGUUACAGCUGAUGUCCGAGCAGGAGAAAGCAGUCGAGAUGGAGAACAAACUAAAGCGAUUAGAGGCUGAGGCGCAGAGUUCCCGCCAACACCUAGUGGAGAAAGACAUCCAGAUGGCCCAGUCGGAAAAUCUCACCCAGCAGCAAAAAGAGUUAAUCCUUCUGAAAAAUAAUUUAUCAAGAAGUGAGGAGGACCUGGAGAGGGCUCGGCGGGACUGUCUGGAGCUCAGGGACACUUUGAAAAGGCUCACAUUGGACAAAGAGAACUUUGACCUGAGGACGGCCGUCGGAGUUGAUGACCUGUACCGCACAAUGGUGGAGGAGAGGAUUGUGAAGCUCAUCAGGGAGAAGGACGAACUGUGGCAGAAGAUGGACGCCCUGGAGUUUGAGAAAAAGCUGCGAGACGAGGAGACGGAGCGGGACGUCAACUACUGCCUGAGCUGUCACACUCCCUUCGGAUGGUGGCUCCGCAAAUACUACUGCAGAUUAUGUGGCCGCCCCUUCUGCCACUAUUGCCUAGCCAGUGCAGGGGGACACCAGCAGAGCGGAGUCACAGAACGCUGCUGCAGGGACUGCUGCAAUCAGCACAGCAUAGAGGCUGAGCGCCCCCUACAGGAGGACAUCAUCACUAGCACGCCGGCCUCAGCCUUGAGCCGACUGUUGCAGCCCCUGAGAGUUGUGACCAGCCGUUCUGAAGGAGCGGACAACAAUCUUGAGGAUGGUGUGUUUGACAUCAUUACAGAAGAGGAAGUAAGUGGAGUCUAUGAUUGUGGCGGUUUUGCUACAGCCUGUACUGCUGGGCACGGACAGCUGGAGGCAGCACAACUAAGCAGCAGCACAAGGACGGUCCCAUCAGAAGACAACCACAGAGGUGGUGCUGUGCAAGAUGCUGAGAUCUGCUUGCUCAAGUCUGGAGAACUCACGUUGGCGUCUCUCUUCACGGUGGAUCACAUCUCAACAUUCGGCGACUCUCCCCGGGAGCUUUCCAUCAAGUCCAGCUGCUACAGCACCAUCCCCAUCAGCACGGGCCGCCCCGGUGCCACCGUCAGCUGGACGUUCACCUCGGAACCCAAGGGCAUCUCCUUCAGCGUGGUAUUCCGGGAGAGCGCGGAGACGCCACUGGAGCAGGCCAAGGUUCUGAUCCCGCUGACUCGCUGUAAUUCCCACAAGGAGACGAUAAAAGGGGAAAUGAAAGUCAGAAACGCUGGAGAGUACACGCUCAUCUUUGAUAACUCCUUUUCCAGGUUCAUCUCCAAGAGAGUGAUGUAUCAUUUGGCGGUAGACAAGAAGCCGGCGGCGUGCUGUGACGGUGGCAACCUCCCGUGAGAGGAAGCUUGUCAAAGAAGUGUUGAUACAGCAGUUAGUGCUGUCAACAUGUUAAGGUACAGUCAACUUGACGUAUGGCAACCUCAGGUGAGGGCACUUUAGGAACAAACAAACAUGAAAUCAAUCAUCUACGGAAAUAAAACUACCAAUUCUACUACAUCACUACACAACAAAUCAAUGUUGUUCCGGGAUUUUUAAUGUUUUAAUUUAACGUAUUUUGUAUUGAAAAAAUGCUUAACCUCAGCACAUUAACACUUAAUCACAAAAUAAAUAAGUACAAAUUAAAGCUGCAAGCAGCGUUGGUCGGGCCCGCGUAUUUGGCAGGUGCUAGUCCUAAAUGUCCCAAUACUUUUGUCCAGUGAUAGUCAUAAGUGUCCCAAUACUUUUGUCUACUUUUAGUCUGAAGUGUCCCAAGACUUUUGUCUAGUGUACCUACCUUGUCUGCAUUGUGUGGGCACGUUGGUGCUUCCUGCUUUUAAGCAGCCAUCUUAAAAAAUCAGCAGCGCAGCGGGUCUUUGAAGGGUCAUAAAAUCAAAACCGGAGCAGUUAGAAAAACGCGCUUCUGUAGUUUUAAUCACAAGGGUUCAAUCUCUCUCCUGUGUUAGUUUGAAGGCAAAACGACAAACGCGCUCAGAGGAGAUAGAUUUUGAAGGAAGGUGACCGGUUUUUACAAAAAAAUUGUUUUGAAGAGGGAAUAGCAAACUUCCUGUUGAUUUUUGCUGAGGGUUGUCAAUCUAUGAAAUGUAGGUCUAAGUGAGACCUACAUAGAGGUUUUUGUUUCAUGUCUCUCCGACUUUCCCAGUGGGAGUUACAGGCAGUUUUGUCAUUUAUUUCUUCCGAGGAGCAGUUUUUUCUGCGUUUUAUAAAAAAAUUGCGGUAGAGCACAAUUUUUAGAUUUGGGGUUAGGUUUUUUCUUUAGAUCACAGUUUUAGCCAGUCCUGAUGUGUGUGUUCAGUUUGGUGAGUUUUGAAGUAUGUUAAGGGGGUCAAAUUAGAGCUCAAAGAGGCAAAAGUGACUGUUUUUAGUACUUUUUUGUCUUGAAGUUGCCAACUUCCUGUUGAUUUUUGCCCGAGGAUGUACCAUUAUGAAAGGUAGGUGUAAGUCAGACCUACAUAGAGGUUUUUGUUUCAUGUCUCUCCGACCUUCCUAGUGGGAGUUACAGGCAGCUGAGUUUUUCUUUCUUCCUACGGGGCACUAGAGCGCAAUUUUGAGUUUUUGGGUUCGUUUUUUUUUAUUAAAAGGCAAUUUUCGCAGGUCCUGAUGUGUGGGUCAAAUAUGGUGAGUUUUGAAGCAUGUUAAGUGGGUCAAAUUACAGCUCAAAGAGGCGGCGGAAGAAAAAAGAAAGAAGAAAAAUAAUAAUAAAACCUUACAAAUUCAAUAGGUCCUUAUGUCCCAUUGCAAAAGGACUCCCGUUGGGAUUCCUUUUACAAUGGGCCAUGCGGGCCCUAAUAAUGAGAUGUUUGUUUUUUUCAUCAGGAACAAAAUAAAUAGCCAUGUCAUUACUAUUAAUCUCAUUAAGUCUAUUAUCAUUAAGGUGUGAUGGCACUAUCUGCAGGGGGAACAUUUAGUGCUGUAGCUAUGAUUCCAACAUUCACUCAAUAUUUUCCAGCAGAAAAAAUGUUUUUAGAAGACGUAGUGUUGCGAAACUGUUCAAUACUGAAGACUGUAUGCCUGUAAUUGUUUCUUGAUCCAUACAACUUCAUUUAAAUGUAUUUUAACUGCAGGUGUACAAAGAUGGGCAUGUUUAGUUGGCCUGGGCCAAUAAUAAAACAAUCGAACAAAAAAUUAAAAUGAACUCGAUAACUUUGCCAGCAUUGAUAAAUUGACAUGUCCGAUUGUUUGUGUGUAUUUUUUUAAUUCAUCUGGCAAGAUGUCACUUCAAGAUAUUUUUUGAAGUGCAAUUUUUGUGAACAUAGAUUGAGUCAACUUACAUACCUGCCAACUACUCCGGUUUUCCCGUAAUUAGUACGGUUUUCAUCAACCUAUUCCGGGUUACGGUUGCAGUGAUAAAAAGUACGGUUUUUCAUUAAUUAAAAAAAAAAAUUUAAAAAAAGUUUUAUUCACGAAAUCGCGUAACAACAAUGACAAUCGACACUGCUUCCCGUAACUUCCUAUCGAGCCAUUCCGAAUGCCAUGCGCGAGGCUAUUUAUAGCACCGCUGCCAAGCACGAGGCACCAGUUGCCAUUGUUUCCAAACGAGCGAACGAUCAUGGAAUCAGCCGGAGAAAAAUCGCAAACGAGUCUUAAACCGAAACGAAAACUGCAGUCAUUCCGUGAAGAAUAUUCAUUAUUAUCCGUUCCAAAAAGGGUGAAAACUACGCGAAUUGCACCUUGUGCAGACAAGAUUUUUCGAUCGGACACGGAGGAAUUAGCGAUGUAAAAGACCACGUUGGGACAAAAAAACACAAUUAUAAUGCCGUUGCUAGUGAUACAAGUGGAAAGCUUUCAACGUUUUUCGUCGCCCAAACAGAUUCUUUGGAUGUGAUAAAUGCCGAAGUUUUAUUUACGGAGGCAAUAAUUGAGCAAACAAAAAGGUAAUGACACCAAUGUUAUCUAUUGGAAUUGUUUAGUACCGUUAUACUGUUAAAAGUGUUUAUACUAUUUAUGCUUUCAAGUCCAAGUUGAAGAAAUCUUGUUAAAUGUUGACAGCAUAACUACCAAAAUACAGAAGUAUGUCCUUAAUAUUUUUGCAGUGCUAUUUCUGUUGAAAAGUUCAAAUGAUUACAUUAGAGAUGUGAUGUGCCACUUUUCAAGUGUCUGAUGGCUUAAAUUAAUUUUCAUUAAUUUUGAAUUCUUUUGAAAGGCUUACAAAAAACUACAUUUGAAUUGUAAUUCCAUGCUAUUGACAGGACUAUUAAUUUUAAUGAAGUUAGCUUACCAUGUUUACAGUAUGAUAAUUGUGAUAGAAAUGUGAAUUUUAGGCACAGAAUAUUUUUUACAAUUGAACAAGGCAGUAGAUUAUACAAGCUUGGACAGAAAGUUAAUAAUGACACCAAUUUUUUUUUAAUGGAAUUGUUUAGUACUGUUUUACCAUUUGUUUACUGUAAAAAGUGUUUAUACUGUUUAUACUUUCAAUUAACAAAUUGAAGUCUUGUGAAAGGUUGACAGGAUAACUGGCAUUAACUGUCAAAAUAAUUUCAAACUAUUGAAGUUAGCUUACAGAAUAAACAUGUCAAUCAACCCAUAUGAUUUUUGCUGUAAUAUUUUUGUUUUGAAAAGUCACUGUGACUGAUAGAAAAGUGAUGGUUUUAGCAACAUUUUAACCUGUCUGAAUGCUAAUAAUCAUUUUGCGUCGGGGGGCGAAGCCUGAACCCCCCACCAGGACUUUGUCCUGGACUUACCGAGGCCUGCGGCCCCUGGACCCUGGCUACUAGGUUUUUCUGAUUUCAAAGGUUGGCAGGUAUGCAUUAUGUUAAAUGAAGAGUUUCUGUCUCUGAUAGUUGAUAUAAUGAUGUAACUGCAUCAUUAAGCCUACAUGAACUCCAUGGUGUUCAUGGAUGAAUAGUCUCUCCUAUUGCUAUUGUACCAUUAUUUCAGCUAUAGUUACAUUAAUCAUUAGUAAUGGAGCAGCCUAGUUUUGAAUGGCAGGGUCCCUGCUAUCACAUGUUGAUAAAAAUAUAACAUUUUUGAAAAGUCACUGUGACUGAUAGAAAAGUGAUGGUUUUAGCAACAUUUUAACCUGUCAGAAUGCAAUCAAUCAUUUUGUUGGACCCUGGCUACUAGGUUUUUCUGAUUUCAAAGGUUGGCAGGUAUGCAAUUACAUUGCAAGGUAUAUUAUUGAGAAAUAAAAGUUUAUAGCGUAAUAAUGCAGCCACUUACAUUAUUAUUAUAAAACAUGAUUAUAUUUGUGCUUAAUUUAAUCUCAAAUCAUGCUGACAAUGAUAUUGUUUAUCGGCAAUAAUUUGCGGGACAAUAUAUCGUCCGGUAAAGUUUGUUAUCGGUCCAGGCCUAGUUUUUUUAGAUCUUUUUAUCAGUGCACCUAGGUUUUUGCCAUUCACUGGGGUUGGAUCAUUUAGUUGUACUUGAAAAACAAAGAUCGACUGUAAUAUUAGGUCAAGUUUUGACUGGCAGCUGCUGUUACAAUGGGGAUAGUAGAAGUCGUGAUUCCUCUCAUUACAGUAAAUGCAAUUUGGUUGUGUUCUAUCGAUAAUAUUCAUUUGUUCAUAUACUGUAUAUUUCUGUAUUAUCAUAUUAAUUGUUCCAUUAAUCUGAUAAUGUAACAAUUCAGCGACUUAAUUUUUUGUCAAAUCAACGCUCUUCAUCACAUUGAUGCAUCAAAAAAAAAGCCUUUACUGUUGGAGAAAUUCUUACUAAAAUGUCUUAUUUUAUAUCUACAGUGAACAUAUUUCUCAAUGGUUGCCUUUUAUUCUGUGAAAAUCUGGCAGGAAAUGAGUUUGUUAUGUUGCAAUUACGUUGAAGAAAAGUUGAAGUUGAAGAAGCAGUUGUUCUGCAAAGCUGCUGUAACACAAUGCAUGUGCUUAACUGUCUCUUUGGAAACCCUGUAUUGACCCCAAUAUAAGACCCUGUAUUGACCCCAAUAUAAGACCUACCUUGCUAUGAGUCCUCUAGUUCAGUUAUUCUCAAAUAGUGGGGCGAUGUGUGUGACCCUGGACAACUAUUUAUCAGUGUCAUGUUUCAAAAAGCUGUGCACUACUAAAUGUGCUCAUUAAUCCUAACUUCCUCAUUUUGAUGACAAAAAAAUAAAUCAGCACUAAUUGUUUUAAUCAUUUUUGUUUUGCAAGUUAAAUUGUUUUACAUUUAAAACCAUUUUAGAAGCACUGCUCUAGUUGAAGACUGUUUUGUACCAAAGACAAUCUAAAUAAGAAGAAGUUGUAGAUUGAAAUACAAAUGUCUUAGACACCAUUUUAUUGAUCACUCGUAUCUUAAAAUUACAAACCCCGUUUCCAUAUGAGUUGGGAAA